CCCAGAUUGCCCUGAGUUUUACCAAACGAACCAUAAACAUGUCCACAGUUCUACAGUUGCUGACAAGAUAACUAGAAGUUGUCCUUUCAAUGAAAAGUUGUUACUGGCUGGGAAAAAGGCACUGUCCUGUUUCAGUACGAAAAAAGCUAAGCAGGGAUGAAGUUUCCUUCAGUUCCUGAAUCAAAAUCUUUUCUGAACAUGGAUGUAGCUAAUUAUUGUGAGGGCCUGGAUCUGACCUACAGCAUGCUGGGCUUUGAGAAUACUGACAUGCUGUGUAGCGUAGAAAGCAUGCCAACAGAGCCCAGCAUCAGCCAGGGGGAUAGUGAUAUGAGCUCCAACUGUGCUAUCUGCGGGGACAAGGCCACAGGGAAGCAUUACGGAGCAUCCAGCUGUGAUGGCUGCAAGGGAUUUUUUCGCAGAAGCAUCAGAAAAAGCCAUAUCUACUCAUGCAGGUUCAGUCGUCAGUGUGUUAUUGACAAAGACAAGAGGAAUCAGUGCCGUUUCUGCAGACUUCACAAAUGCUUCCGGGCUGGAAUGAGGAAAGAAGCUGUGCAAAAUGAAAGGGAUCGUAUCAGCUCCAGAAGAAGUGUACCUGACUCACAUGACCUUCCACCUAUAACUAUACUGGCACAGGCAGAGUCACUUUCACAACAGAUUAGUGUUGCCAGACCGGCAAGCUCCACCAUUAUCUCAGAGAAGAAAUCAGCUACCAUAUUGGACGUGUGCGAGUCUAUAAAGCAACAGCUGCUUGCUCUGGUAGAAUGGGCUAAAUAUAUCCCGGCCUUCGGCGAACUGCCUCUUGAUGACCAGGUCAGUUUAUUACGAGCGCAUGCCGGGGAACAUCUUCUGCUUGGACUUGCCAAGAGGUCAAUGCCAUACAAAGACAUCUUGCUGCUCGGUAAUGGCUUUAUUAUUCACAGAAACAGUCCUGAGGCAGAGAUUAGCAAAGUGGCUAACCGUGUUCUGGAUGAAUUGGUCUUACCCUUCCAAGACAUCCAAAUUGAUGAUAAUGAAUAUGCAGCUUUAAAAGCCAUUGUUUUCUUCGACCCUGAUGCCAAGAGCCUGAGAGAGUCCUCAAAGAUAAAGACUUUGAGGUACCAGGUUCAGAUGAAUCUGGAGGACUACAUCAACGACCGUCAGUAUGACUGCCGUGGGCGGUUUGGUGAGUUACUGUUGCUUUUGCCCACACUGCAGAGCAUCACCUGGCAGAUGAUUGAACAGCUUCAGUUUAUCAAGCUCUUUGGCCUGGCCAAGAUUGAUAACCUGCUACAUGAGAUGCUGCUAGGAGGUCUGUCCACAGAUCAGCCUUACUUCCAUGCCCACAGUCAACCUCAGCUUGCCCAGGAUCCAGUCACAGGUCACACAGUGGUCAUCAGCGCCAUUUCAGGGCCUGUGCAUGCACAGCAGAUAGCUUCUCCAGACAUCCCAAUCCCAUCUCCUCUUCAGAUUCAGAACCAGGAGCCCCAUAACGCCUCUUCCAGUCCCAUUAUUUCAAUGGCAGCACAACCUGGAUCCAACAGACCCUCUCCUGAGCCAAACCAUUAGGUUCUAAAACUGUAUCCUUUUAAUGGUCAGCUAUAUAUGGCUAUAGCUCAGUAUGUUUGUAGACAUACAAAUGUCACAAGAAAAAAUCUAACUUGUACAUUAGAUUUGUCAAUAUAUUAUGAAAUCUUUUAGACAAUGUUAGGACCAGAGAUGUUAUGUGACAUUUAAGUGAAAAAGAUAUUUUCAACAGACUUUGGUGAAGAUUCAUGGCAAAUAUGUUUAUGUAUUUCAAAGACACUAUAUUUGUUAAAAGUUUAAAAAAAAGUUUACAUGCUCAUUUAAGAAAUAUGUAUUUUAAGCAGUCUUGGGAUUUUAAUGAUUUCUUUAAGUGUUCUUUUUUGUUCAUUAGUAAUUAAAUUAUUGGACUUUUCAGGAAAAUAUGUUGCCUUGAUGGCAAAAUACCUUGCUCUACAAUGUAAAUAUACACUAUAUGUCCCAGUAUUCAGUAUGUAUUCAUAUUGUCUUUUCUUCUAUAACAACAAGGCUUCUCUUGAGACUUUAAAAUAUAUUUGUGGGAAUUGUGCCCGUUCAGUCGAAAAAGCAUUUGAAUGGCUGGUCAGUGGUGUUGGUCAAGAGCACCUCAAUGUUCCAGUUCAUUCCAAGGUGUUCACAUGGGCUGAGGUCAGGGCUUUCUGCAGGCCACGGGAGUUUCUUUUAACCAAGUUUUUCUACAUGUGUUUCUAGACCUUGUGCACAGGGACACAGUUAUGCUGGAACAGGAAAGGGUCUUCCCUUAACUGUUGCUGCAAAGUCUGAAGCAUAUAAUUUGCUUUAUAUAAAUUAUUACACCUGUUAGCAAUUGUUGUGGCUGAAACACAUGAAUAGUAAUUAGAAAGAGUGUCCCAGAACUUUUGUCCAUACAGUGUAUGCCUUUAUUUUAAUGGUACCUUCACACGUGCAAAUCACCCAUACCGUGGACACUAAUGCACCCACAUACCAUGACAAAUAUUGGUCUUGCUGAUAACAGUCUCAAUGGUGAUUUUCGUCUCUGGUACAGAGAACUUGAUGUCUGUUUUUUUUUCAGAACAAGCUGAAACAGAAAAUUCAUGUGACCAAAGCACUUCUGUGAUUAAUCUGAGGAGAGACAUUUGCAGCUUAUCUGCAUAGAAUUGAAGUAUGGCUGUAAUAGAGUUAUGUACACUGUUUUAUAGUUUUUUGAAAUUAUUAGAAGACUGUGUUUUAAUAAUUUAAUCAGGUAGUAGGCAGUGAAUUAAAGCAAAUAAAGUAGGCAUUAUCUCCCUACACAAAUGAUGCCUAUCUUCAAUUUUUAAAGUGUGUUUUAUAAUCCUUAUAUGAAGAAAAAGUAGGCCAUAUAGUUUGUUGCCAGAUCAAUCAAAAACGGAAAACUGGAAUAACAUUGGUCUCCUAGGUUUUGUGAAUUUCUUUGUGUACCACUCAUCAGAACACCAGAAGCUAUUCUUAUUACGUUGUUGUUAUAUUAUUAUUAUUUUUUUUAUUAUUACUAAGUCAGAAACAGUACAGUACAGAAACAGUAUGGAAAAUAAAAAAAUGCAGUGUUUCUUUAGUUUGACCUACUAUAUUUACUUUUAUUUUAUUGCAUACAGUAUAAACCCAAGAUAUUUCAGAUUUUGUCUGGUAAACUUAAAAAAACCUAAAUAGUGAUGUGAUUUCAAACACAUCAUGUCAACAAGUGAUUAUAAUCAUGAUUUGGAACAAAAGCAGUAUUCACAAAAGUGUUUAAGGAGCAAAGAUGGACAGUGAAUCUCCAAUUUGUCAAAUUUGUCAAAAAAAAAAAAAAGAUUGCCCUCAAAGAAAGAUUGGAAGGGAUUUACGUAAUUCUCCCUCUACCAUGCAUAAUAUCAUUAAAUGAUUUAAUGAAUAGAAAACACUUCAUUGCUUAGUUGCACCAUGCAGGCUCUUCUCUUUUCCCUCCCAUAACCUGCUUUUAACUGUUUUAAUGCGUGUUUUUAUUCUCACAAAAUGUUAUUUCAAUUUGCUUGGAUAAAUUCUGUUUAUUUAUGUUUUUAAUCACUUACUUAGACUCAAGAAAAUCUUUUUUGAUGCAAUAUUGUUUGCAAAAAAAGUCUUUAAAAAAAGGAUUAUGCAAACUCCAAACAUUGGGACAUUUUGUAACAUGCAAUGAAAACAAGAAUCUGUUAUUUGUUACUUUUUUGGAACAUUUAUUAAUUGUGUAUAAAGUAAAGAUUUCUAAUGUUUUCACUGACCAACUUGUAAAUGUAAAAAUUUUUAAUUUGAUCCAUUGUGAGCCGUGCCCUCUUGUUCAGCUUUAAAGCCUGACUUUACAAAUGCUUCUUGUUAACUUUUUUGGAAAGUGUGUAUAAACUCUAACAAAAAAAUAGAAGUUAAACACAAAUAAAAACAGAAAUCAGCCACGUGUUAGCUGUCUUUUACAGGUAUUAAAAACAACAUGAAGAUUUUAAAA